GGAGAAACCUAGUUCACACAGAAAGGAGAAUUAAUCCAAGGACAUUAAUCCAAGAGUUAACACACUUGAUGAAGAACCAAUGCCAACAUGACGAAAAUGCAGUACAGAUCCUCCAAUGCAUCACUCUUCGGCCUAUUGACUUUACUGGUGGCAUUUUUGCUCGCAACACUCAUUUUCACAAAAUAUAUUAAGCCAUGCAAUUUAAACACUGUUAUGCAAAUCAAGAAGCAGAUUGAUAGCUGGCAUUUAAAUCUUACACCACCAGAAAAGCUAACUUUUCUGUCUCCAUAUGGAGGAACUUGGUUAAAUGGCAAAAAUAAUUGCAGUUGUAAUAUUGGGAAACUAUUUCCUUUAAUAAUCUCUUCCAAUCCAAAAGAUGUAUCCGCAAUCAAAAUAAGAAGAAGAUUACAGUAUGAACAACAUAGAAAGCGGAUUGAGUCACCUUUGAAGAAGGUAAUCAUAGCUCAACCCAAUUCCCCACUAAGCUAUCCUAUCCAUGGAGUUGAAAUAAUGCCGCUGCAGUCCAUUGUCAUUCCAGGUUUGGGUGUGUUUGCAUUUGGUAGAGAGAACUAUAUGGUGAAACUAACAGCUAUCCAAGGAGUAUUUAACACAAUUGCUGAGGUCCCAGAUGGUGUAUUGAGAGGCUUAGGUGACAAAACGUUAACAAUAACAAGUCCAUGCUUAGAAUUCAUAAAUGCUGUACUUAAAUGUAUUACUUACACAAGCAAACAAUAUCAGAUCAGUACAACUGAUAUAGUGUCUUUUCAGUUUGAAGAACAUGUUGCUGAAUUUCCGAUUAUUAUCAGGCAGCCCCCAAUGCCACGGUUGUUUGAUUCUGGACCAGAUAAUGACAUCAAUUCCUUGGUAACCGUUACAACAAAGACAUUUUUAAGAUAUCAUAAGCUUCGAAUCUUGAUAGACAGCAUUCGGAGCUUUUACCCAAAUAUGACGAUAAUCAUUGCAGAUGACAGUGAAGUUCCUGAAAAAAUUGAAGGACCCCACAUCGAACAAUACUUCAUGCCAUUCGCAAAAGGAUGGUUUGCUGGAAGAAACUUGGCAGCUUCUCAGGUCACAACUAAAUACCUUCUUUGGGUGGAUGAAGAUUUUUUAUUCACAAGACAGACAAAAGUGGAAAAGCUGGUGGAAGUAUUAGAAAACACAAACUUGGACGUGGUUGGUGGCUCAGUAAGCGGUAAUCGUUUCCACUUUAGGCUGUGGUAUGAAUAUGGAAAUCCUGAUGAUGGAGAAUGCUUGUUCUCAAAGACUGGGGGCUUUCAUCCCUUGAAUGGGUUUCCAAACUGUGUGAUAUCCAGUGGCGUGGUCAAUUUCUUUCUGGCAAAGACAUCAAAGGUAUUGAGUGUUGGAUUUGACCCUCAAUUGGCCAGGGUAGCUCAUCCAGAAUUUUUCAUUGACGGACUCGGCAGACUGCUCGUGGGAUCGUGUAAUGAUGUCAUCGUUGGCCAUCAGACGCACCAGAGUCCAAAAAAUGACACACAGAAAGCAGUUGAACAAAAAUAUGCAAAAUUUAGACAGCCUUCUAAGCAUGAAACAAAUUACAAAUUUGCACUACAUUAUUUCAAAAACCACUUAAAAUGUUACACCAAGAUUUAACCUCAGGUUUCUAAUCAACACUGACAACAUCAAGUUCUAUCCUAUCACUAUCUCUUUUGGC